AUGUCAGAUAAGACUGCAGCACCGCAGGUGUAUGGAGCGGAUGAAAUUAACGCUGUUGUACUAGAUCCUGGCUCUUACACAACUCAAGCAGGUUAUGCAGGAUAUGACCAGCCAUCAAUUGUUACUCCAUCAUAUUAUGGCAUCCACACAAACUCAGAAAGCGGUGAAACUACAAAGGUGUUUGAUGAGAAUCUGCUCUUUUCAAGACCAAAGGAUGGUGCUGAAAUUAGGUCCUUAGUCUCCGACAAUCUUGUAAUAGAUUGGGACGGAGCGAUGGAUCAGUACCGAUACCUUUUCCAACAACUUGAGAUCAACCCAAGAGAACAACCACUUCUUUUAACCGAGUCAACUAUGAAUAGUUACAAGAACAAGAUAAAGGCCAUGGAAUUUUUCCUUGAAGAGGAGCAAUUUUGUGCCUUUUAUUCUGUCAAACAGCCAACAUGUGUUAGUUUUGCACACGGUAGACCAAAUUGUUUGGUUGUUGACAUUGGCCACGACCUUACUACUGCCACGCCUGUGAUUGAUGGCUUGUGUUUGAGAAAUCAGGUGAGAGGAACAAAAUAUGCAGGCGCAUACUUGAACCAACAAUUGAGGCAGUUUUUAAAAUCAAAAGCUGUAGAUUAUAGUGCUCCAUUUAUGGUGAAAAAGAAAGAGGGCGUGUAUUGGGAGAACAACCAGACCAAGCCGAUAUUUGAAACCAUCAGCAACAUUGACAACAUACACCCAAGUGUCAGAGACUUUUCCUACCUUAGAACGCUCAGAGAAAUGAAGGAACUAUUGUUGGAAUGUUGUACUGACGAUGAGCUUACGCUUCCAGCGGACGCAGAAAAAGAGUUAGACAGUGAACGUACUAGAUGGUUUGAGUUACCAAGCGGACUCAACGUUCCCUUCACUGCAUACGAAAGACACAAAAUAUCGAAUUCUGUCUUCAAUCCUAGUGACACGCUUUGUGAUGUCGUUGAAAACUGGGAAAAUCCUUAUGACGGUAACAUCAUCAAUACCAUCGGAACUAAGAACGAUCUUACCAGCAAAGAGUACGUACCACUUAGAAGAGCAAAGAAGACUGAGGAUGAAGAAAAUAAUAACGGGAACGCCGGUAAGGAUGAAAACUCACAGAAUCCAUCGAACGACAGCAAUACAAAGGACAACGGGGCGAUACUCAAACACGAGAAAAAUGACUCCUCUGUGGGAGUUACUGAUCUCAUUCAGAAUGUGCUAGAGAACUUGGACAUUGACUUGAAGCCACAACUCGCUAACAACAUUGUGUUGACCGGAUCGACGACUUUGAUUCCAAGACUGAAUGAAAGACUAAACAACGAACUUUCGUUGCUGAACCCGAGCUUGAAGAUAAGGGUUCACUCGGCAGGUAACACGACCGAACGAAAAUACGCCUCGUGGAUAGGUGGGUCGAUUCUUUCCUCGUUGGGUACGUUCCACCAAUUGUGGGUAUCCAAGGCGGAGUACGAUGAUGUUGGACCAGACCAGCUUAUUGUCAACAGAUUUAGAUAG